AAAGACCAAUUAAAGACCAAAAUUGACGGGUUUGUGUCGCAGAGCCCCCAAUCAUUGUAUUUAAUUGAUGGUGAAAAAGGUACAAAGAGAAGUGUUAUUUGCAGACAAAAUGAAAAUGGUGGCCAAACAUGCCUGAACAUUGAAGUCGAUGGUGUUUCACUUUUCAAACAAAUGCAAGGAUUCAACUAUUUUUGCUCACUACCUGCUGAAAUUGAUGCAACACAUUUUGAAUGCAGAAAGAUC